GAGAUCUGCCCGUCUGCUGUGUGUGUGUGUGAGUUCGGUGACAUCAAGACACACAGAUCCAUGUUAUCUGGUGGGGACUGACAUAAACUCAUACAUAAUCAAAAACCUUGCGACAUCGCACAGCUCUUUUAGACAGCAGUGGGGAAGAGCGUGCUGCUGCUCAGGGAUCUGGUGUAUAUUUCCAGCAGUUUUCCAGCAGGUGUUACUGAAGGAUUUAUCACAGACUUUCAGCAGGGUUCAUGAAACUUUGCUACGAUUUGCGAGCUGGAGCUGCCAUACGGAGUGUUAAGGUAAAGCCUAAAGCAGCUGUGUUGAACAUGCUAAAGCGGCUGGACAAAAUAAGAUUCCGUGGUCCAAAGCGAGAUGACUUCCUGGAUCUACCCGAGUCGCCCACAGGAUCAGACACUGAAUGUAGUGAUGACAUGCUGCUGAGACCUCAACCUUCAAUACAAGACAAUAAGGAGCAGAGAAACCCUGCUGGUUUGGGGACUUUGUCUGUCAUGCAAGACCUGAGGAGCGAAUCAGAACGUCUCAAUGAGGUCAAGGGUCAUUUGGAAAUUGCCUUACUGGAGAAACACUUCCUACAGGAGGAACUGCGGAAGCUACGAGAAGAAACCAAUGUGGAGACCCUUAAGCAGGAGUUUGAGAAAGAACACAGCAGAAGACUAGACCUGGAACAGAAGAUGAGUGAUGUGCUGAAGACUAGGUGUGAAGAUUCUCCACCUCAGCCUCCACGGAAGCAACAGCCACCUGCAGCUAACGGCACAAACAAACUGCAGAAAGAGACAGUGGGUUCGCGGCUGCAGAGCUGGCUGUAUGAUCAGUUUGGGGUUUAUAUAGAGGAUUUUCGCUUCCAGCCUGAGGAGAACACGGUUGAGGUUGAGGAGCCACUAAGUGCUAAAAGAUUAACAGAAAAUAUGCGACGACUUAAAUGGAGUGCCAGACCGGUGACAAAUUUCUUACGGAAUCUUUCUGCCUUAUCCAACUGGCACUCAGUAUAUACAUCAGCGAUUGCCUUCAUUAUUUAUAUGAAUGCAGCAUGGCAUGGCUGGGCUAUUCCUUUGUUUCUAUUCUUAGCCAUUCUGAGGUUGUCACUGAACUACCUCAUAGCCAGAGGAUGGAGAAUUCAGUGGAGUAUUGUGCCUGAAGUUUCUGAACCUGUGGAGCCUUCAAAGGAAGACCUAACUGUGUCUGAAAAGUUUCAGUUGGUUCUUGAUGUUGCACAAAAAGCACAAAAUCUUUUUGGUAAGAUGGCAGAUGUUUUGGAGAAAAUCAAAAAUUUGUUCAUGUGGGUUCAGCCUGAGAUCACUCAGAAAUUGUACAUCGCUCUUUGGGUGGCCUUCAUCUCCUCUUGCGUCCUGCCCUACAAGUUGAUGGGUUUCAUGAUCGGGCUUUAUGCAGGCAUCAAGUUCUUUAUUAUAGACUUCCUGUUUAAGAGCUGCCCAAAACUCAGAGACAAAUACGACACUCCACAUAUCAUGUGGAACAGCCUACCCACCGACCCUCAGCUGAAAGAACGCAGCAAUGCCACUGUGUCACGACGGAUCCAGCCGGUGGUUUCACGGAGUAGUUUAGCUACCAUCCCGGUCGGAGUAACCAGAGAGGAAGAGAGUAGCCGUUCACACAACACAAAGAAAGGAGCAUUCCAUGAGAUCUUCAACCUACCUGAGAAUGAGAAACCUCUGCCUGUAUGUGAGAAUGGUUGGAGAUGCUGUCUGAUAAACAGAGACAGGAAGAUGCCGACUGACUACAUUCGCAAUGGGAUGCUCUAUGUCACUGAGAACUGCCUGUGUUUUGAGAGCUCCAGCUCAAGAUCAGGAUCUUCAAAGAAGAACAAAGUCAUCAAACUGGUGGACAUCACAGACAUCCAGAAGUAUAAAGUUUUAUCAGUUCUGCCUGGGUCUGGAAUGGGCAUUUCUAUUGCCACUCCAUCAACACAGAAGCCACUGGUCUUUGGUGCCAUGGUACACAGAGAUGAGGCCUUUGAGACAAUUUUUACCCAGUACAUGAAGAUCAUGACCACAGCCAACCCUGAGACGUAACUCACCCUUUAUCCUGCCGGAGGAUAUCUCAUUUGGAGACCAGUGUUUCCUGUCUAGUUAACUUCAAAUGACUGUAAUUUGUACGAUUGUGGCCAUCUGAUGUGACUAGCAGGAGAUUCAGCGAGGGGACAUUCCAGCGAGGGUUUGUGCAUCUCAAAGCAGAGACUUUUCCAACUUGAGGGAUGCGGGUGGCUUCUCAUUAUGUGACCUUUUGGCUUUUUAAAGAUGAGCACACUGAUCAGUGUACAGACUUGUGUUUUGUACUUGUCUCUCAGUGAUUUAGAUUUCAUGUCUGG